AUGGACGACGAGCGACAGCGGAAGCGCAAGCUGUACGAGGACGGGGCCAAGCGACCGGAGGAUGGCGUCCCGCGCUUCUCGAUGGCGACGCAGAAGAAGACCAAGUUCGACAAGGAGCGCGAGGAGCAGGAGCGCAAGAAGCGCAUCGCGGACGAGGAGGCCGCCAAGGUCUACGAGUCGUUCGUUGCCUCGUUCGAGCACGAGCCGCGACAGGCGUUCGUGCAAGCCGGCGCGUUGAGCGCACCAGCGUACACGCCGCAGCGGUACGAGACGCCGCCACCGCUGCGCCGCCCGAUGCCAGGACCAGCGCGGUCGUCGUCGGCCAAGUCGUCGUCGUCGUCGACGUCGGCAAAAGCCUUUGCGUUUGCGAUGGACGACGAGGACGAACCGCCGGUCGUCGACGUGCCCCGCAAGAAGAUCCGCGAGAUGGACCUCUUUCUCCAAGAGAUCAAAGAACAUAAGUUUGAGCCCGCGCCGGCCGUCGACGUCUACCCCCACCGCGACAUUGGCGGGUCCCACGACGACGGCGUUGGCGACACGACCAAUCUGUACGUCGGCAACCUCCCGCCCACGAUCACGGAAGAUGCGCUCCGGACGAUCUUUGAAGAGUACGGCGCCAUCUACUCGGUCAAGAUCAUGUGGCCGCGCAACGACGAAGAGCGGCUUCGCGGCCGGCUCACGGGCUUUGUAUGCUUUCGCCGACGCGACGACGCCGACGACGCGCGUGUGCACUUGAACGAACGCAUUGUGGACGGGCAAGAGAUCAUGGUCGGGUGGGGCAAAGCCGUCCGCAUGGACGCCCCCAAGCCGUCCUCGAUGUUUGCGCCGCCCGUGGCAUUCCCGCGACCGCUCAUGACACCGCCACCGAUGUUUGCGCGCCCGCCACCGCCUUCGAUGGGGUUCCCGCCACGUCCGCCGUUUCCAGGACCGCCGCCGCCGCGUCCGACAAUGAUGACGGGAACGCCAUUGUCGGGGCCACCGCGCGGCUUGCCCUUCGCUCGUCCGCCCAUCAUCGUCGAGCUCCCGGACAAGGAUACCGUGCGAUACGUCAACCGGUUUGCCGAGUGCGUCGCCGAAGGCGGUCCGCAGAUGGAAGACGCGAUGCGGCUGCGCCCGGACGACCGGUUUCUGUUUCUGACCGACCACAACUCGAGCUUGUUUCACUACUACAAGUGGAAGGUGCUCUCGCUGCGGCGCGGCGAGAACGACUACCGCUGGGGCCGCGACCCGAUCCCCGGCGAGAACGGGCUCGUGUACCUUCCGCCGCCGCCGCGGGACAGUGCGUCGUCGUCGGUGCGCGACGGCGCGCCGCGGUCUCGGAGCCCGAGUCCUGCGCGGUCGCCGCGCCCAGCCCGCCGCACGCACCACCGCUUCACGCGGGAUGCCAACAGUCCACAAAGUCAUCUGUCGACCAUAGAGAAGGGUGCCGUCAUGACCGGGGCCCAGUUGGCGGCGGCGCGGGACAAGGAAGAGGGCCGUCAGCGCAAUCUCCUGGACGCAGACGGCUACGACGACUUUUGCGAGCUCCUCGAAGACGUGAGUUUGGAACGGGACGCGAUCUGCGAUGUGAUGGCGUUCGCGCUUGACCACUCGGAGUGCGCCGUCGACAUUGUGAGCAUCGUCGCCAAAGCGUUCCGCGUCGAGUACGCCGCUGACGAUGACGAGAAGUUGCUGCUGCCGCCCAUGACCUAUGUCGCGCGGCUGUAUGUGAUCUCGGACAUUCUGCACAACUCGACCGCCCCGAAGAAGAACGCGUCGCUGUACCGAACACAGUUUGAAGAGUGUCUUCCCGAGAUCAUGCAAGUGCUCAACCACGUGCACCAAACGAUUGUCGGCCGUAUGUCGUUCAAUCUGAUGCGCGACAAGGUGCUCUCGGUGCUGAAUGCGUGGGAGAACUGGAGUCUCUUCCCGCCAUCGUACCUCCUCGGCCUCAACGCGACAUUCCUCGCCAAGAAGGACCCGUCCGACGUCGACCCACGCAGCGUCUUGGGCCCCGAGAUUUUGAACCUCUCGGAGGACCGCCUCAAGCGCAAGUGCAAGCAAGCAGGUCUUGUCUCGUCGGGCUCGACGCUCGACAUGUACGCCUGCCUCGCCAUGCUCCAGCGCUUCACCAGCGUCGCGAAAGCACCCACAAGCGCCAAGAACCAGGGCGACGACGACCUUGAUGGCGCACCCAUGGACGAGAUGCCGGAUGCGCCCAUGGGCGGAGAGGACGAUGACAUUGAUGGCAUGCCUCUUGAUGGCAACCAGGAUGACGACGACCUCGAUGGCGAGCCGCUCGACGACGAUGUGGACGGCGAGCCGCUGGACGAUGUCGAUGGCGAGCCGCUCGAUGAUGACGAGGCAGCAUGA